UUUUUAUUAUUUCGUUUUGUCAUAAAUAUUUGUAAACUUGUUCAGUAUCUAUCACCAACAUGAAGCUGCUAACUCACAAUUUUCUGACAUCAAACAUCAUUAAAGGAGUCAAGAAUGGAUAUCCUUUGAGUAUUUUGCCAGGGAAAGUGGAGAUGAAGGAAGUUGACUUUAAUCCAGAGUUCAUCACAAGAAUGUUACCAAAAAUAGAAUGGUCAGCUCUCCAGAAGGCUGCCAAGGAGUGUGGGUUUGAGGAGGGCUUACCCGACACUGUUGGGGAGGAACAACUUGGAGACACAGACCUCCUGAAGAGAGUCCACAAAGCAUUACUGGAGAUAGAGGUGAUUGAGGGAAAGUUGGUCUGUCCCGAGUCAGGCAGGGAAUUCCCCAUUAAUAACGGGAUCCCAAACAUGCUGUUGAAUGAAGACGAAGUGUGACACAAGGUGUCAUCGGUCAAUGUAUACACUGUUAAAGGAAGUUUUCUCUGCGUCUCUUCGGCAAGUUGUUUAAAUCAGAGGAGGGGGUGGGGUCACAGUUGUAAAGAUGUGUGUGGACACUUGGAUUUUAACAGACUGAAUGGUUUGAUGUUACUUCUUGUUGCUGAAUGUAUGCACUUGAUGUGUGAGGUUGUUUGUUGUUGAGAGUAAUGUAUGUUUAUGUGUGCAGGGUUGUAUGUUGCCAAGUGCCCGUUGUGUGUUCAUGCAAAAAGCAUUACAUUGUAUCUGUUGUUUUGUAAGUUUUUGUUUAUAUCAUUAUCAUGAAUGAGAGCAUCAUUUAGGUUUGUGAUUGAAUAAACAUCAAUAUAUAUUAAAUCCUGGGAAUCUACAA